CGGCAACAGCAAGCCCGGCGGCGGCAAAACUCCUCAGGUGAGCCCGUAGUGCGAGUGCUUCGGAGAAGGGGUCGGGAACGAAGCAAGGAAGUGGGUUAGGAGCGGAAGCAGCGAGCGCUGGCGAGGAGGCGAAGGCAGCAUGUGCGAGGGCCCCUCCCGCAUCUCUGGGCCAAUCCCCCCAGAUCCUACGCUCUGCCCUGACUACUACCGGCGGCCAGCCUCGGCCCAAGGACGCCUUGAGGGAAAUGCGCUGAAGCUGGACUUGCUCACUUCGGACCUCGACUUGGAUGCCACCCCUUCACACGGCCCCCGCAUAGGUCCUGGAACUAGAGAGAUCCUGGACUGUGGUUGGCAUGGCGUCGGAGGAAUGCUCCUGCAAUUCGGGGGCAUCUCCUUAGGCCCAGGAGCCUCUUCUAAGAGGAAGGGCCCUAAAGACCAUGAGAAGGAGAACCUGAAGCGGAUCAAAGAGAUCCAGAAGCGCUUCCGUGAGCAGGAACGCAGCCGGGAGCAGAGCCAGCCCAGGCCCCUGAAGGCUCUGUGGCACUCCCCCAAAUAUGACAAAGUGGAGUCCCGGGUCAAGGCCCAGCUGCAGGAGCCCAAUCCAGCCUCUAGAACUGAGCCCGCCCAAUUCCUUCGGGCACACUCCCGCUGUGGCCCUGGCCUCCCACCACCCCGUGCCCCCAGUCCUCAGCUAAACCCACCAGGCCACAAUGCUAAGGGGCCAGGCCUGGGUGUGGACUUCAUUAGCCACAAUGCCCGCACUGCCAAGAGGGCCCCCCGGCGGCAUUCCCGCUCGCUGCAGGUCCUGGCACAAGUGCUGGAACAGCAACGGCAAGCCCAGGAGCACUACAAUACCACGCAGAAGGGCCACGUGCCCCAUUACUUGUUGCAACGCAGGGAUCUGUGGCGGCGGGAGGCUGAGGCCCGCCAGCAUAGCCAGCCAGACCCUGCCAUGCCCCCUGGUCACACUUGCAUGCCUGAGAACCAGCGGCUGGAGACACUGAGCAAUCUGCUCCAGAGCCAAAGCCAGUUGCUACGUGAGCUGGUGGUGCUGCCAGCUGGGGCAGACUCGCUUCGGGCCCAGAGCCACCGUGCUGAGCUCGACCGGAAGCUGUUGCAGGUAGAGGAGGCCAUCAAGAUCUUUUCCCGCCCCAAGGUCUUCGUGAAGAUGGAUGCCUAACCCCCUUUAUGGGGGCAUUUAUAGGGGUCCUCGGUGAGGAUUGCCACACAGUUGCAGAGGGCAGGAUCAGGCCCCAUCAUGGAAUGAAGUCCAAAGAUAGGAGCAGUGGGGUGGCCAGUAUCCCCAGAGCAUUUUUCCCAGCCACUGGUGGCUGUAGAAGAACCAGCCCAGCCUCUUAAUCACUUUGUCAAAAUUAAACCUUUUGUACACAA